CCUUUAAAUAGUAUAUCUCAGAUGAAUAACCAAACUCAGGAGUUAGAAGAACUUAAUGUGGACCAAAUGACAGUUUCAGAGAAUAAUCCAGAUUUUUUUGAGUCAUUUAUUGAAACGGUCAAACAUGAUUAUGAAAAUGGCAGAUCCCAACUUCAGCUUGCAUUUGAGAA